CGGGGGUGAUAGGUGGAAAAUUCGACUUGCCAUCAUCGGGGCGGUUUGGUUACUGUAUGAUGCACACUUGGGCAAUUCCGCCCUUAGUUUAAGCAGUGCUAUUUUGUACCACUAAAUUUGUAGUAGUUCAUAACCAUACAAUGCUGUUAUGACACCGGAGGUUCAAGAUGCUGAGCGUUAUUUUACGCUAGUGAGUGGCCAUAGAAUACCAGCCGUUGGAUUAGGCACUUGGAGAUCUGGUUCUCGGGCCGAUGAUUCUGUGUUCACUGCUAUUGUUGAGGCUGGUUAUAGGCACAUCGAUACUGCUGCAGAAUAUGGAGUUCAUGAAGAGGUAGGUUUUGGUCUACAAGCGGCAAUUAAAGCAGGAAUCCGUAGGGAAGACAUCUUCGUCACCACUAAGCUUUGGUGCUCUGACUUAUCCCCAGACAGGGUUAGAAUCGGAUUAAACAAUGCUCUUCAAGAACUCCAAGUUGACUACCUCGAUCUUUUAUUGAUUCACUGGCCUUUUCAUCUUAAAGAAGGAGCCAGCAGGCCUCCCAAAGAAGGGGAAGUUUUGGACCUAGACAUGGAAGGCGUUUGGAGAGAAAUGGAGAAGCUUGUGAAGGAAAAUCUUGUUAGGGACAUCGGAAUUAGCAAUUUUACCUUGAAGAAGCUGGACAACUUACUCCGUUUUGCUCAAACAUUGCCAUCGGUUUGCCAGAUGGAAAUGCACCCAGGAUGGAGAAAUGAUAAAAUGCUGGAGGCUUGUAAGAAAAAUGGCAUCCAUGUCACUGCUUAUUCGCCUCUGGGGUCUUCAGGAGGAGGUAGGGACUUAAUACACGAUGAAGAAGUUGAAAGGAUAGCAAAGAAGUUGAACAAAACUCCAGGUCAAAUUCUUGUGAGGUGGGCUCUGCAGAGGGGAACUAGUGCUAUUCCAAAAUCAACCCACUCGGAAAGGAUUAAAGAGAACAUUGCAGUGUUUGGAUGGGAGAUUCCUGUGGAGGACUUUCAAGCUCUUUGCAGGUUCCCAAAUCAGAAACGAGUGCUAAGCGGAGAAGAACUAUUUGUGAACAAGGAGGCUGGACCCUUGAGGAGCGUGGCUGAUGUUUGGGAUCACGAGGAUUGAAGAGUUUUGAAUAAAAAGAGACUUGGAGGAGCAGAAGGUGUAAAUUUUAGUCGUAGAAAAAUAUGAAUAUAAUGGGAAUUUGGUAGAAAUUUUAUUGAACAAUUAAAUACUUAACCUGUAAUAUAAAUGUUGAUGUGCACUUGUGCAGGGAUAUUUCUUAACAAGUUAUAAUAUGAAGUUUCGAAUAUGUUUUAUAUACAUGUAAAUAUAGAAACAGAUUACAUUCUUGUA